GAUUCUCUCCAAUCUGGCAACCUACCAUGAGAGGGUGUACAGCGUAAUCGCGCGAGACGGGGGGAGAGCUGCCAGGGCCGCACGCGAGGCCGAACUUUUACCGGUCACUUUUUCUUUUCUUUUUUUUUUUUUCUUUUCUCUUUAUUUUUUUGGCCUCACCUAGUUUUUAUUUUCAUUAUUUUUAUUUCCUCAGACCCCUUAGUGGAUACUGUGACUCAGCCUUUAACGAUUGCGUCAUUUAUAUUGAUCUCACAGUUUAUUUUUGAAGUGUAUUUUCGUCCUGAAGUGAUUUGAAGAAGAAAAGUCCGGAGUCUGAGGGCUUGAAGCUAAGCGGCUAACAGGACGAGAAAAAGAGUGACAUCAUCGAAGGAAAACUUCAUCGGAGAUUAAAAGUCGUGGGACAGAUCGUGGGUUUUGUGGUAAUUUAUGAAGGUUUUGGGCCCAAACGUUGAAUUUUGAGAGAAACUUAUUGGAUUUGAGGAGCCGGUGAUUAGCACUAGCUAAACAGGUGCGGCUCAUCUGGAGACGAGGACUUUAUUGGUUUCUGGUUUUUAUUUUUGCUUUUUGAAACUUUUGGAUCUUUUUCUUUCCCCUUUUUUCUAAGUGGUGCUAAGAGCUGAUUGGCCGGUGGUUGCCAUGGCAUCCUCGGUGAAGGUGGCAGUUCGCGUGCGGCCCUUCAACAACCGCGAGACAAACCGUGGAGCAAAGUGUGUAAUCCAGAUGCAGGACAAGUCCACCUGUAUUAUCAACCCCAAACAACCCAAAGACACACCCAAGAACUUCACAUUUGAUUACUCCUACUGGUCGCACAGCACAGUGGAAGACCCAUGCUUUGCGUCUCAGAGGCAGGUGUAUUUGGACAUCGGAGAAGAAAUGCUGCUUCAUGCCUUUGAAGGCUACAAUGUCUGCAUCUUUGCAUACGGCCAAACCGGAGCAGGAAAAUCCUACACGAUGAUGGGCAAACAGGAGCCCGAGCAGCAGGGCAUCAUCCCACAGCUUUGUGAAGACCUGUUCAAACGAAUAGCCGAAAACCGUGACCCUGACCUGUCCUACUCUGUGGAGGUGUCGUAUAUGGAGAUUUACUGUGAGCGUGUGAGGGAUUUGCUGAACCCGAAGUGUAAAGGCCCUCUGAGAGUCAGAGAACAUCCCAUCAUGGGGCCGUAUGUCGAGGAUCUGUCCAAGAUGGCCGUCACCAGCUACAGCGACAUCGCCGAUCUGAUGGACUGCGGCAACAAAGCCAGGACGGUGGCUGCUACCAACAUGAAUGAGACGAGCAGCCGCUCUCACGCCGUGUUCACCAUCCUGUUCACACAGAGACGCCACGACCAGAUGACCAACCUCGACACAGAGAAGGUGAGUAAGAUCAGCCUGGUCGACCUGGCAGGAAGUGAAAGAGCGGAUUCCUCUGGGGCAAAGGGUAUGAGGUUAAAGGAAGGUGCAAACAUCAAUAAAUCUCUCACUACACUGGGCAAGGUCAUCUCAGCACUGGCAGAUAUGCAAAGCACCAAAAAGAGGAAGUCUGACUUCAUCCCUUACAGAGACUCCGUGCUUACCUGGCUACUGAGAGAGAACCUGGGGGGGAACUCUCGUACAGCCAUGAUCGCUGCUCUGAGUCCUGCAGACAUCAACUAUGAGGAAACCCUCAGUACACUCAGGUAUGCAGACCGGGCGAAGCAGAUCCGCUGUAAUGCUGUCAUUAACGAAGACCCGAAUGCUCGUCUGGUCCGAGAACUUAAAGAGGAAGUGUCACGACUCAAAGAGCUGCUGCUGGCUCAGGGUCUCAGUGACCUCAUACCUGUUUCAGGAUCGUCCAUAGUGGGAGGUCCAGGUGUAUCCCAGCAGCCCCCUGUCCCUGGUGCCCAGAUUACCCAUGAUGCACCAAUGGAGGAACUCAGUCCCACCAGCCCAGUAAAACCUAUUAGCAAAGAGGAGGCUGUGGAGAGACUGAAGGAGACAGAAAAGAUCAUCGCAGAGCUGAAUGAGACAUGGGAGGACAAACUGCGCAAGACUGAAGCCAUACGUUUAGAGAGGGAGGCCCUGCUGGCAGAGAUGGGAGUGUCCAUAAGAGAAGAUGGAGGGACCGUCGGUGUAUUUUCUCCCAAAAAAACUCCGCAUUUAGUCAACUUGAAUGAAGAUCCUUUGAUGUCAGAAUGCCUGCUGUAUUAUAUUAAAGAUGGAAUAACCAGGGUUGGACAGGAAGAUGUAGAUAUUCGACUGAGUGGUCAGUUUAUAAAGGAGCUGCACUGUGUGUUCUGCAGUGAAGUGGAAGACAAUGGGGAAGUUGUUGUGACUUUGGAGCCGUUACCUGGAGCGGAAACGUACGUCAACGGCAAACAGAUUACAGAAGGAGUUGUACUCAAACAAGGUAACCGAAUCGUGAUGGGGAAGAACCACGUGUUUCGUUUUAACCAUCCUGAGCAGGCACGAUUGGAAAGAGAGCGCAGCGCCACUCAGGACCAGCAGGGGGAGCAGGUGGACUGGAGCUACGCACAGAAAGAACUGCUGGAGAAACAAGGCAUCGAUAUAAAACAGGAGAUGGAAAGAAGGCUGCAGGACUUGGAGAAUCAGUACCGUAAAGAGAAGGAGGAGGCUGACCAACUGCUGGAACAGCAAAGACUGUAUGCAGACUCGGACAGUGGUGAUGACUCAGAUAAACGGUCUUGUGAGGAGAGCUGGAGGCUCAUCUCGUCGCUCCGAGAGAAAUUACCUGCCAACAAGGUGCAGUCCAUAGUGAAGAAGUGCGGUUUGCCAAGCAGCGGGAAACGCCGUGAGCCUCUACGUGUGUAUCAGAUUCCUCAGCGACGGCGUCUUCCUGCCAGUCUCGAAACCAAACAGCACCCGAGCGUGGAGGAGCUGCGCACUCAGGCUGUUAAAGAGAUCUGCUACGAGGUGGCCCUGGGAGAUUUCCGCCACACCCGUCAGGAGAUCGAGGCUCUGUCCAUCGUCCGCAUGAAGGAGCUGUGCAGAACGUAUGGACAGAGAGACCCUCAGGAGCGAGAGAGCUGGAGGAGCGUGGCGAGGGACGUGUGCAACACAGUGGGCAUCGGAGAGGACGAGACCGAGACGGAGGAGAAACCGACCGGAGGGAGGGACAAGGAGAGAGGGAGAGGACCGGAGGGAGGGAAGACGGACAUGGGAGACCUGAAAGCACACAUCGAUAAGUUGACUGACAUUCUGCAGGAGGUGAAGCUGCAGAACAACAUGAAGGAUGAAGAGAUCAAAGCACUCAGGGACAGAAUGGUCAAGAUGGAGAGUAUAUUCCCUGUAGAGCUGCAGGGAGAUGAAGAUUCCGUAACGGAUACAGGCGGAGCUAGAUCCGAAGAGGGGACGGAGCACAGCGGGUGGCGCAGCGAGGAGGAGGGUGGAUAUCGUCGAGGUCGUCACAGGUGGCAGUAUCCUGAGAGGUAUCAAGAUGUUAAGCGUCGCCGUGGCAAUGGCGCUCCUUCCAAUCCUCAAACGGGGCGCCCUCAGAAUAAUCCCUUCAUUGGUGGUGGUGGCAGCAGUGGGGGAUCGGGACGCAUCCCGAACACUUUCUCCACACCUCAGACCGGUCGCGUCCCAAAUGGACCAUUUCUACCCGGGAUGGGUCGCUUCCUGCCACCUUUAGAGAGGAAGUUACAGUUUCCUUUUAAGGGAAAUCCUCAGCACCGAGGCUUCCACUGGGGACCUUCAGCCAGCCAGAGAGAACCAGACACACAGGAAGGAAAGGAUUCCACUUCCUCUCCUUCCUCUGUGCACACUUUCCAGUCUCCACCUUCUCCAAACAAAGCCCAGUGGCAGCGGCGUAACCAUGGAAACAGAGGACGUGGUAACCGGAACAGAUCUCGUAACCGGGGGCGGAACCCAUUCGAUGGAUUCAUUCAGAACCCCCAUGAGAAUAAUAUAGAGCGCAAAGAUGGUGCAGGGUCACACCCAAGGGCUAAGUAUGCUUGGUACAACCCAAACGUGGGCUCGGUUCAGGAUGGAGUUCAACAAAACCAGAACCAGCAGAGUAAGCAAGGGUUCCAGAAACACCAGAACCAGUACUACUACGUUCCCCCCCGGCUUCAAUCCACACCACCUGAGAAGAUCCAGACCUGGUCUGGAGAGGGUUCUGAUCCCACAAAUGCCCUGCCCACUCAGCGUGACUUCACCAGCCCAAUGGAGACCUGACUGGCUCAGUCGUGAGACAGAAAGUGAUGUGGGGGAAUCAGUAAUGUUGAAAUGAAGAGGGGAUGAAGGAAGUGUUCAGCUGGAUUUGACAUGUAGUUGCGUAAAUUUUUGGUUUGUGAUAGUUUUUGCAGUGGAGACUUUUUCAAAAACAAAUGCUGGAAGCAAGUAUUGAUUACUCUUAUUUUUAUUACUAAUUUUUAAUAUUUACUCUGGGGAAAACACACUACACAUUUUUCAUCGCACAUGAGCUUGGAACAGUUUGCGUAUCAGUGCAAUGACAUUAGUUUUCACACGCAAACUGCGUCUAAAGUUUUUGGGGAUUUUUUUUUUUCCUAACACUUGAGAAUCACUCUUCAGUGCCUUACGACACCUACAAUCCUUUAAACUUUUUAUACACACAGUGUUUUAUGAUCUGUGUAUUGAUCUGUGUGUGAAAAUUGUGUUCUUGUGUCGUUCUCUUCCACGUUGAAGGACGAGUGUGCCUUGUGAUGCGCAGUACUCGAUUUUACAGAAAGUUGGGAUCUUACUGAUUUUGUAUAUUUGGGAAACGGCUGCUGCAUAUCAUUAAAAAAAUUCUACCUUGUGCCACAGAGUAAGUUUUGUGCCAAAAACUUUGAGAUACAAAAAUUAUGCAUUAAACGCUUUAAUUCUUUAUUACAACCAUUUUCUUCUUUUGGAAUACUACUUCUCCUGCCAUCUUGAAUGUUGGUUAACUCGAAUGUUCUAAGCCACGCCCAUCCCACAAGGCUCUGUCUCAAAUUACUGUAUUCUUACACUACAUACUUCAGCUUUUUUUUUUUUUUUUUUGUCUUUGUUGCUCAGUUUCCACACUGCUUGGCUCCGCCCCUUUCCACUAUAGUAUGAAUGUAAAACACUUUCGGUUCUAUUAAAUCACUACUCCCUCACUAAAAGUACAGUUUGAGACCUAGCCCAAGUAAUGUAACUAUACUUCCUGUUUUCAGUGGGCGUGGCUUAGACACUGGUUAAUUCCAAUUAGCCAAAACAAUUAAGGUGCAUGCUUCUUCCUAGACCCUCCCACUUCUUAAUUUCUUUUGUCACAAAACUCACUCUGUAUUGUGCCUGCUGAGGAAGAACAAACUUACCAAAGAGGUCCGGAGGUCAAAAGUCGUCUGUUCAGGGUGCUGCCACGCCCAAAUCUCUAGCUCUUUAACAUUUUUUUCCCCCCCAUGCAGUUCUUUUAGCUUGAAUGUUCUUUCCUUUUUUCAGGUCAGUAGUGUUUGACAAUUCAUAAACCCAUUAUUAAUUUUAUUUAACUUUAUUUUAGAGACUGUUUUUAAACUGUGGCUUUUCCGCUACAUGCGAGAUGUACUUGUGAGGAUGAUAUGCAACGUAAAAGUUUGACAAUUAAAGGACUUGUAUGUUA